AGCAAAUAAUAAUAAUAAUAAUAAUAAUAAUGGUACACUCACAGAAUUGGAACUGUAUUCGGGCUCACAAUUCACAAGUGUCCGUUUGCUGUUUGGAUUGGUGACGAACUUUUUCCGAGUUGGAACUCUUGUGGAAAUCGUAGUUCCACAGCGCUGGAAUUUGAAUUCCCGAGUUUGGAUUCACCGAAGUGAAAUUCGGGAAGCGGAGAAAGAAAAUCAGAUUCUCAGAGACCGUUUGGCGUUCGGUACGCGAAGCUCAGCCUGAGCAAGAUGAUGCUGCGUUUUCCGGACCCGAUGAAGCUGAAAACUAAGAAGAUUGUGUUUGAGGAGGUGUAUGCUGCACGUGACUCGGCAACGCUUGAGCAAAUGAAGGAGUUGAGCUCCAAGCGGAGAGUGAUCGAGGAGUCCAUCAAUGAGAGCAGCUCCAUUACGGAUGCUAUUGCGCGAGAAAUGUCUGGAGGGUUGACAUCUCGCCUCCAGCAGGACCUUCACAAGCUAGAAGAGUAUCUGCCUUUACUGGAAAAUUUGAUUUUCCAUACGGAUUUGAUUAGUAGCAACGGCCGGAUGGUAUGGUGGACUUCAGAUCUGAAGAUACGAUGGACUAGUGUGUUGAGCUCAUCUUCUUUCUUUAACCUUGGGGGUCCAAAAUUUUAUCAAAUUGAUAGCUUGCGGUUUGAGCUUGGAAUGACUCUUUUUCUUUAUGGUGCAAUCCUUCGAGAGAGGGCUUUGGAAGUUUUGCCAACUGAUUUGGUGCAAUCUGCCACCUUCUUCAGAGAAGCUGCCGGAGUUUAUCAUCAUCUAGCUAAUGAGGUUCUUCCCUCUUUAUGUCCUGCAUUGCCUGCAGACAGGCCACUGGAAGCUAUCUCAUCUGUGUCCACUGCCAUGAGCCUCAUAUGUUUGGCAGAGGCCCAGGCAGUAACUAUAAGGAAGGCUGAAGAAAAAGGCACUGCUAUAGGCCUCUUGGCAAAGUUGCACCAUGGUGUUAUGCAGUUACUUGAUGAAGCUGAUGGCAUUUUAAAUACAGCAACCAGAGAGUGCAGAGAUAUUUCAUCACGCUUUAUGGAAUUUAUAUUGUCUUGCAAAUCUAUACAUGAGUUAAGAAGUCAAAAAUAUCUUGCUGAAGGUCUGAAGAUUGCUGGCCAAGUUGGGGUUGCAGUUGGAGUUCUUGGUCAAGCACUGAUCAAUGCCAAAAAAAAGACGCCAGGGGAAGAAUUAUGGAAAUCAGUGUUCAGAAAGGAAAUUGAUGAUGCUUCUGAAAUGCUCAGGAAAUUCGAGUAUGAAAAUGAAUUUGUCUGGCAUGAGAAGAUCCCUUCCGGCGAUGAGUUGCCAUUACCCCAAGGUAACAAAAUUGUGAGCAUUAUACCGUACCACCCCAAAAGAUGGGAGAGAGAACUUGCUUUCAAGAUAUAAAUGUACAGAGUAAGUGUUAUACAAAUGAGCAAUGGUAUAUACCACUUUUUUAUUCCAACUAUCUCACAAUGUUAACGUGGCAGUUUCAACCAACUUUUGAUUUUUUUUUUAAACAAGGAUUAAUUCUAUGGGCUGGUUGCAACUAUCACGUCAUUAUUGUGGAAUAGAAAUGUGGUAUGUAACAUUACUCUAUACACAUUCCUGUCUUUGUUCCCCGAUGAAACCUAUCAAGUUUCUUGGCUUUCUCAGUCCUUAAUAGUGGGAAUUUAUGGACGGUAAUUUUUAUACCACAAUUUCUCUUAAAACGUUGUUCUUUCGGGUCUCUGUUCAUUAAGAGAGUGGCUGAGGUCUAUGGCUUUGAUUGGUCGUUGAGUUGUGUGGACUAAGACUAUGCAAAUUGCAACUGUUGAUGUAUUAUGGUUUGAAGAAUAGAAUCUAUUAAAAAUGUUAAAAUGGUAUGG